AUCAUAGUACCUCCCCAGGCCACUGGUGCCCAGUUACUGAUCAGUUAUAAGGGCUCCAGUCCCUUUAAUGCCUCUGCACUUUCAACUUAACAUUUCUUGCUCCUUGGCUUCAUGGCGGACUCAGUUGAACACACACGCGUGGAACCUGCUGCUGAGGAGGAGACCCUCUUCAGCAAUCUGGAUAUCUUCCUCUUCUCUCUCAUUGUUGGAUUACUGAUCUACUGGUUUGUCUUCCGUAAGAAGAAGGAGGAGAUCCCUGAAUUCAAGAAGCUUGAGACACCGGUGCCCACCACAAGAGAGACAAGCUUCAUUGAGAAGAUGAAGAAAACGGGACGCAAUGUGGUAGUCUUCUAUGGGUCCCAAACAGGCACCGGGGAGGAGUUUGCCAACCGGCUCUCCAAAGAUGCCCAGCGAUAUGGGAUGAGGGGCAUGGCAGCUGACCCUGAGGAGUAUGACAUGUCCGAACUGUCACGUCUGCCUGAAAUUGAAAACUCCCUGUCAGUUUUCUGCAUGGCCACCUACGGGGAAGGAGACCCCACUGACAAUGCACAGGACUUCUAUGACUGGCUGCAGGAGGGAGAUGCCUGCCUGGAUGGUGUCAAGUACACGGUAUUUGCAUUAGGAAACAAAACAUAUGAGCACUACAAUGCCAUGGGAAAAUAUGUGGACAAGAGGUUAGAGGAGCUGGGAGCCAAGAGGAUCUUUGACCUUGGGAUGGGAGAUGACGAUGGCAACCUGGAAGAAGACUUUAUUUCAUGGAGGGAACAGUUUUGGCCUGCAGUGUGUGAGCACUUUGGUGUGGAAGCCACUGGAGAGGAGUCUAGUAUCCGUCAGUAUGAGCUGGUUGUGCACGCAGACAUGAAUAUGAACAAAGUCUACACAGGGGAGCUAGCCCGUCUCAAGAGCUUUGAAACCCAGAAACCGCCUUUUGAUGCCAAAAAUCCUUUUCUUGCAUCCGUCACUGUCAAUCUCAAGCUUAACAAGGGCGGUGAUCGGCACCUGAUGCACUUGGAGCUGGACAUCACGGGGUCCAAAAUCAGAUAUGAAUCAGGUGAUCAUGUUGCAGUUUACCCUGUCAAUGAAACAGCCAUGGUGAACCAAAUUGGGCAGAUCCUCGGUGUUGACCUUGACACCAUAUUUUCCCUCAACAACCUUGAUGAGGAGUCCAAUAAGAAGCACCCGUUCCCCUGCCCCACCACCUACCGCACGGCUUUGACCCACUACCUGGACAUCAGCAACCCGCCCCGCACCAAUGUUCUGUAUGAGCUGGCCCAGUAUGCCUCUGACCCCAAAGAUCAGGAGAACAUGCGCAAGAUGGCCUCCUCUUCCGCUGAGGGCAAGGCUCUGUACCACAGCUGGGUAUUGGAUGCCCGCAGAAACAUCUUGGCCAUCCUGCAGGACAUGCCCUCUCUGCGACCACCCAUUGACCAUCUGUGUGAGCUGAUGCCCCGCCUACAGGCACGAUACUACUCCAUAGCCUCCUCAUCUAAGGUUCAUGCCAACAGCAUUCACAUCUGUGCUGUGGUGGUAGAGUACCAGACCUCAACAGGCAGAGUGAAUAAGGGUGUUGCCACCAACUGGCUGAAGAACAAACUGCCAUGUGACAAUGGCCACAAAUCCACAGUCCCCAUGUAUGUUAGGAAGUCUCAGUUUCGUCUGCCAUUCAAGGUCAGCACGCCAGUAAUCAUGAUUGGCCCUGGUACUGGCAUUGCACCCUUCAUGGGCUUCAUCCAGGAACGUGCCUGGCUGAAGGGAAAAGGGAAGGAGGUGGGCGAAACAGUGCUGUACUAUGGCUGCCGACAUAGAAAUGAGGACUUCCUCUACCAGGAAGAGCUGGAGGAGUUUGAGAGGACAGGCAUGAUCACACAGCUCAAUGUAGCUUUCUCAAGAGAUCAGGAGCAUAAGGUUUAUGUCCAGCAUCUUCUGAAGAAAAACAAGGAGCACCUGUGGAAGCUAAUCCACACAGAAAGUGCUCACAUCUAUGUCUGUGGGGAUGCUCGCAACAUGGCACGUGACGUACAGAAUGCCUUCUAUGAGGUCGCGGAGGAGAUGGGUGGCAUGAACCGCACCCAAGCUGUGGAUUACAUCAAGAAACUGAUGACCAAGGGCCGCUAUUCACAAGAUGUAUGGAGCUGAAGACUGUAAACUAGCGAAUCUCACCUAACCCGCAGCUGACUUAACCUCACACAGCUUCUGUUCCCAGCCUCUGUGUGUCUGUGUGGUCCCUCACCCUGGAUAUGUACAUAUAACUAUGUUUGUGCUGGGCAUUUUCAUGUUGAUAUGCCCUGCACACUCCAGUGCAGUAAUAAACCUUAUUGCAGGUUAUCUUUUAAACUCUUUUAACUGUUUCGGGCUGCAGAUGUGGCAAGUCGCUUAACACAAGUUUUAGAUGAAAAGUGUGUAAUACUGGAGUGGAUGCCAAAAAUAGACCAACGUGGCUGUCUUCACUCGUGUGUAUGACAGCAUUCUGUGUAAAUGAGGGACAUUCUUUUUCAAAUCAUGUAAAAUAUUUGGGGGAUGCAUAGUCCUCUGGGUACGUCUCUAAACAGGAACUGUAAAUGUUGUUGAAAGAUAUUUUUAAAUGAGGGUUUUUAGUCUGCCUUUGAUUUGUCUGGUUGAUUUUAGUCAUGCAUUGUUAUGCAGUAGAUGUUCAACGUAAACAAAUAUUGUGUGAAAGGGGAACCUAAGAUCAGCUACCCUUUAAAAAUGUCCUGUGUCAACUUUAUCCAUUUCUGAAUCUCUGUGACAUCAGUGCUAAUUACUUGUAGUAAAUGGGUUUUUUACAUUUACUAGUUGACUCAAAGCACACUUUCAUUUUAACUUCUAUAGUCUAUAUAUGACAUGGCUGUUCUUUGAAUAUUUCUGAAGAUGAAUUCAAACUGAGUGCAGGUGGGUAUGGUGGGUCCCGCAGACCACUUGCGCUUCCAUCCUGUGCAAUUCACAUGCUCUUCCUGUGUUCACAUGGAUUUUACUCCACUCCAGAGACAUGCAUUACAGGUGCAUUGGUACCUCCAAAUUGUGAGUGUGAGAGCAGUGUGAGAGCAUCCAGCAUAUGUACCACCAGUAUGCAACACUAAAAAUUCUGUUUAUUUUUAUACUUAAACAGACUCCCACAAAAUAUUAGCCAUUUCAGAGGAUGGAUUUUUUUUAAAUCUAUUUUGAAUUUUAACCUACAUGUUCCCUUUCAAUGUAUUUAAACUUCUAAGGGGUUAUAGAGUAAUCAUGUACCUUUAAAAAAGUUAGCUGGUUGAAUUUUAUCUUAAACAGUGACAAUGUUAACUGUAAUGUUUAGGAUAUACAAAAAUGUGCAUAUGCUCUUUAAAAAAAUACAUGAAAUGUAAAUAAGUUGAGUGGCUGAAUGGUCAUGACCAAAUGCUUAGAUAUUUCUUGGGAAUUUAAAAACCAGACACUCACCACACUUUCUAAAACUGCAGUUUCUCUGUUUUCAGUCUUUCUGUGCAGUGAAACAUGUAACAUCUGUUCUGUUUGUCAAAUGUCAGCAUUGUUAGAACUGAAUCCUCAUAAUAGAUAUAAAUGUUAUUCCUCCUGUUUUGUUCUGAAUGUAUUCAAUAAUUCAUGGGGGCAUAUAGUAUCAUAAGCAAAUGAAACUAGUGCCUUUUGCCUUGUGCAAUCUGUCCGUCAGCUGUUGGUGGGAGACCGUAACUGCUGGCUUUUUUUUUUUUUUUUUUUGGACAUUUUACUGAAAUCCUCACACAUAACUUUCUUUGAAAGUUAGAGAAAGGGUAAACGAAUAUGUAAGUUGGAAGAAUUGAUAGUUAUUUGUGUUACAUUAGUUCUGUCUUGGCCUGAUCCAGUUUUAUAUGGAAGAUUUCAUAUUUGUAAAUUCUAGGUAAACAUUUUCAAAAUAAAAACUGACUAAACACACCA